CCCCAUUCCCAAAGAAGGCGAAACUUGAGGUCCCAAAAUUCACCGGGAAGGAAGACCCGGAAAUACACGUCAAAACCCUCCAUCAAAGCGGGAGGAUGAUGGGUCUUUCCGGGGAUGAAAAGUGCUUGCUUUUCUUUCAAACCCUCCGCGCCCGCGCCGCUGAGUGGUUUCAUAACCUACCGGCCGGCGAGAUCGAUUCUUUCGAUGAGCUGGCCGAGGUGUUCCAAGAGAAGUUCAAGGAAAACUGCACAAAGAGGAAAAAGUUCACCUACUUGAGCACGGCCGGGCAGAGGGAGCACGAGGAUUUGACAAAAUUCCUCACCCGGUGGAAGGAUGAAGUUGAUAAAGUAGAAGAAAUGGACGACAAAACCGCCAUGUCCCUCCUAGUGUCCGGACUCCGGUCCGGAGAAUUGUACAAAGAGUUCUGCAGGAGGCCUCCCCAAUCCUACCAAGAGGCCUACAACACGGCCUGGGAUAAUGCUGACGCCGAAGCACAGGUGUCAUCCAAGAGCGAGGCCGAACAGGGUCAUUCCAAGGGAAGGAUUUCUUUGAAAAAGGAAAUUGAACUGCCCGGUAAGGUAAAAGCAGAAGUCAUGGAGGUGAAGCCGGUCAAAUCAGAAAAGAAACCGACCGGCGAAAAACAAUGGACGGAGAAGUAUUGCUCCUUCCACAAAACUGACUCCCAUAACACUGCGGAGUGUAACAGUGUGAAAGGAGUGAUCAAGCAGAUGAUCGAGGCCGGGGAGAUUGAUCCAGAGUAUCUAGCUCAGGCCAAGCAAAAGAAAAACCAAUGGAUCAAACCUGAAGGACAGCCAGUCGAGCAGAAUAAAAAGAAGAAGGCACCCGGUAAGGAACACUUGCAGGUCAUCUACGGUGGACCGGAAGGGGGAGACUCUGCUUCCCAAAGGAAGAAAUGGGGGCGAGAGCUCUACGUCGGAUCGGUGGCCCUAAAUCCCCGGUCAAAACAGGCAAGACGGGAGCCGAUCACUUUUACUGACCGGGACCUCCCCGCCACUGGAGAAGAUCACAAUGACCUCGUGGUCAUAACUAUGGACAUGGGUGGAGUCGAUGUCUCCCGGGUACUCGUUGACACGGGCAGUAGUGUCAACGUUUUAUACUUGGAUGCAUUUGAAAAGCUCAAGUUAUGUCGGACACGGCUUGAGCCCUUAAAGACUCCCCUGUCCGGGUUCACCGGGGACUCUGUUGAAGCUGAAGGGUCAAUCCUUUUGACUUGUGAGUUAGGCACAGGGGACCAGGUUGUCCAAAAACAGAUGAGGUUUGUGGUAGUGAACAUCAAAUGUGUUCACAACGCCAUCCUAAGCCGGCCUGGAAUAAACAAGGUCCGUGGAGUCAUCUCCAUGGCCCACCUCUGCAUGAAGUUCUAUACCCCGGGUGGUAUCGGACAAUUGGCAAAGAUUGAGAUACUGGACGUACCGAGCACUGACCGGUUUGAAGUCGCGGCUAUCCAACCCAGCCAGUUUUCAGCAACCGGGAUAAUUGGAGCAGAUGAUGACAGGAGGUACGAUCUCAUGGAGUAUCUGGAGACCGGUCAGAAACCAGAUGAUGAGGAACGGGCCAGGAAGGUGGUCUUGCGGGCUCCUCGUUUUCAGAGAUUGGGUGAGGAAGGACACAAGUGGUUGGAAGCCUUACCUCAUACAGUCUGGGCGCAUAGAGUGACUUCAAGGAGGGCAACUGGAGAGACUCCUUUCGUGCUCACUUACGGAUGUGAAGCCCGGCUGCCAGUAGAGGCAGAAAUUCCAACAUUUAGAGAAACCGUGUACCAGCCCGGUCAGAAUGAGGUCGACCACCUAGCUGAAUUGAAUCUGGUGGAAGAACGAAGGACCAUAGCCGCGGUCAAGAUGGCCGGUUACCAGCAGUCAGUAAAGAGAUAUCAUGACAACCGGGUAGGCCCACGGUACUUCCAAGUGCAUGAUGAAGUUUUACGCCGGAGGGAUGCUAGUAAGCCUAAUGAGAGGGACAAGCUGGUACGUAACUGGGAAGGGCCCUAUCGCGUAAAAGCAAUCAUCAGGCCGGGCACUUACGAGUUAGAGACUAUGGAAGGUGGCCGAGUUGACCGACAUUGGAACUCUCAUCACUUGCGUAAAUUUUUUAGAUAAAGUGUAAUGAGUUCCCGGUUAUCAAUAAAAACUUGUUCUUUUC